CAUAACCGCAAAACUAAAAUGUCAAAAUAAAGAUAAAAAUGAGUAAAAAUGAAGAAAUACCACCAAUUGCUGCUCCUAAUUACAUCAUUAAUAAGUAUUUCGUUAUUUCUAAUAUACAGACACGAAUACAACCGUUUGCACUAUGUAUUAGAAGUGUUUAACUUUUUUGGACAUCCCUGUAAUUUCACUGAAUUACAACGUUCGGACAAUGUUUUGGCUCAACAUGAUUGGGGCCCAAUUCCUGUGUGGCAGGAAACCGAAACUGGAUACAUUUAUUCUGCUUUUAUAACUGGGAAAGGUGAGGUUAGGGCUAUAGCUUUGCAAAGUGAUACAAAGAUUGUACCGAGGAACUGUUAUUUUUGGUUUGAGGAGAAGAAAAAGCCUGUUGUGGGUAAAUUUAAAUUUUCCAAGGUUACAAAUGAUGAGGCCGCUGUGUUGAACUCGUAUUUUUAUAAUUGUAACUUGGUUAACAUAGAAUUGGUGCCAUAUGCAAUAUCUUUUAGUUUUAAGAGUAAACGAGAGAAUGAUAUGAAGAAAAUUAUGUUAACAAAUACUUUGGACCAUAGUUUGACUAUUAAUACAACUAUAUGUGUAACACCAUCAAUGUACAGCAAGAAACGGUUAUUUGAAUUUGUGAGUUAUCACAAACUAAUAGGUUUUGAUAAUUUUAUAUUUUACCACAGGGAUAUCCCUCACAGAAUAUCAAAAUUUAUGGCGAAUGUAGCCAAUAGAUUAGACAUUAAAGUAUCUUUUCUACCAUUUAACUACCCUAAAGGAGAUAGCCCACAAAUACGUUUAUUAGUGGAAAAUGAAUGUAACUUAAGAACCCUAGGACAAACUAAAUAUGUAGUGACUUUAGAAACAAAUGAAUACAUUGUACCUAGAAACGCUUUAACCAUAACAUCAUUUCUAAGAAAUGUAGAUGAAGAUUCAAAACGCUUUAGUCUCCCUGUACAAAAAUUUUGUAUUGAUAAUUUGGACUUAAAAAAACCUAUUGCUUUGCAAAGUUUUGAUGUCUCUGAUGACUAUAAUUAUAACGUAGUCAGAUAUAUUUAUAAAAAUACUAAAAUUGAUGAUGUAGUUACUACAAAUGCCAUAGAUAAGACUCUAGCUUCAAUACAUAAGUAUGUUAGAUGUAGUUUAAGCCCACAAAAAUCGCACACGGAUAAGACUAUGAUGAAAUUCUACACUGAUUUUUAUAGAAGUACGCUUGUACAACUUUUAAUUCAUGAUCAAAUCUAAUUUAAGUUUUUUAAUGUUUUUGCCCAUAUUUGUAUGUCUUUACACUCUUGUAUAUAUUUCCUGACAUAAAUACACUA